AAAAAAAGCAGCUGAAAGGUAAGCAGAGGCGGCCCCAGGCCCGGCCCACAUCCCCGGGCUCCCGUAGGGCGGCGGGCUGGGCCGCGCAAGCAGGGCGGGCGGCGAGCGCGCUUACGUGAGGCCGGGGAUUCGCCGGCCCACGCCAGGCCCGGGGCGGAGAAUGAAAGGAUGAGAAAAUUUACCAGACUUGAGUCCCAUCUGAUUUCUACCAGAGCCAAUGAGUGAUCUCUACAGCUGCACGAACUAUCUGUACCUUUCUAAUAAAUCAGACAAUCUGCUUCAUCUUGAUUCAGCAGCAUUCCAAACUGUGGUAUCCUUGGGGUUCUCUUAACAUUGCUAUGGUGCAGAAGAUUUAAAAUCAGCUGAUGUUCACAAGGAAUAGAGUCACGUGAUGUAUGAAGGGAAACAUAUACACUUCUCUGAGGUUGACAAUAAGCCCUUGUGCUCAUAUAGCCCCAAACUCUGCAAGCAGCGGCGUCUCAACGGCUACGCUUUCUGUAUCAGACACGUUCUGGAGGACAAGACUGCCCCCUUCAAGCAAUGUGAAUAUGUGGCGAAGUAUAACAGCCAGCGCUGCACCAACCCCAUCCCCAAAUCAGAGGAUCGCAGGUACUGCAACAGCCAUCUGCAGGUACUUGGCUUUAUCCCGAAAAAAGAGAGGAAGAAAAAGAGUGACCCUAUAGAUGAGGUGAAGGUCAGGCACCCGGUGGACACCAUGGCCUUUAGCCUGACAGUGCCCACAUUGGCCUUGAAGAUGCCCAAUGGACUGGAUGGCAUGUCCCUCUCUCCACCUGGGGCAAGGGUUCCUCUCCACUACCUGGAAACAGAGCUGGAAGACCCAUUUGCUUUCAACGAGGAAGAUGACGACCUAAAGAAAGGGGCAACUGUCAGAAAGAAGUUGCAGAGCAAGCUGGCCCAGAACCGGCAGCGCCAGAGAGAGACCGAGAUUUUGAAAGUUCGGCAAGAGCACUUUAGUCCCCCUCCUGCACCUUCCCGGCAGCCUCUCCAGCACUCCCGCCCGUCACCUUCCUCGACUUCUUUAAAACCUCCAGCGCCACUGCAGGGUUCAGUCUGCAAGUCACCUCAACCUCAGAACACCAGCCUACCACUGCAGGGAGUGGCCCCCACCACACACACUAUAGCACAAGCAAGGCAGUUGACUCACAAGAGGCCUCUGCCCCUCCUGCCAUCCAGUAGGGCUCCUGGCACUGAUCCACCCAGGACUGACCGGGUCCUCAUGAAAGCCACCACCUUCUCUCCACACUUCUCCUGUAUAAGUCAGCUGCAGAGGUUGGUGAAACUGUGCACUCAGAAACAUCAGUUGGACACUGAUCUGUUUCCCCAUUUAGGGUUGGACUGGUCUGAAGAAAGCGGAGAGGAGCAGGAGGACUCAGAGCAGGCCUCACCAUACCAGGUUGCAUGGUCCAUCAGAGAAACCCUGAGAUACGAAAGACACAUGUCGGAUGAUGAUGAUGCGGACAGUAGGAGCUCCAGGGUGACCCAACUUUGCACUUACUUUCAGCAGAAAUACAAGCACCUCUGCCGCUUGGAGCGGGCAGAGUCUCGUCAGAAGAAAUGCCGGCAUACAUUUAGGAAAGCUUUGCUGCAGGCAGCCAGUAAGGAGCCUGAGUGUACUGGGCAGCUAAUACAUGAACUACGGAGAGCUGCAUGCAGUCGAACCAGCAUCAGGCGGACCAAGUUGAAGGAGAUGGAGUCAGCAGCAUGCAGUGGAAUGGUGAAGGGUGAACAGUGCACUAACAAAGUCCUUCCAUUCACUAGACAUUGUUUCCAACAUAUCCUCUUGAACCGCUCUCAGCAGCUCUUCUCCAGCUGCACUGCCAAGUUCGCAGAUGGGCAGCAGUGCUCUGUGCCAGUUUUUGACAUUACCCACCAGACACCUCUGUGUGAAGAACAUGCCAAAAAAAUGGAUAAUUUCUUGAGAGGAGAUAACUCCCGUAAAGUUCAGCACCAGCAGCAGAGGAAACCCAGGAAAAAAACCAAGCCUCCUGCACUUACCAAAAAACACAAGAAGAAGAGAAGGCGUGGACCUCGCCGACCCCAAAAACCCAUUCCCCCCGCCGUGCCCCAAGGGAACCUCAGCAUGCCCACCAGCGUCUCACUGCCAGUGGGGGCUUCACACAUCCGGUCACUAGGAUUAGAGGCACAUAUCACCUUACCCAGCUUAUUGGUUGAGAUGGGAGAACUUCUUCCUCGAGCUGGAAAGAAUGGAGACCUCCUCCCAACGACUGAAGAGGCCGAGGAGCUUGAACGGGCUUUGCAGGCUGUAACUUCUCUUGAGUGCCUGAGUACCAUUGGGGUACUUACCCAGUCAGAUGGUGUGCCAGUCCAGGAGUUGUCUGACCGAGGACUGGGAGUGUUCUCCACAGGCACUGGAGCUUCAGGAAUCCAGUCCUUGAGCCGAGAAGUGAACACAGACCUAGGGGAGCUAUUGAAUGGGCGAAUAGUACCUGAUAAUUUUUCUAGUCUAGAGCUGGAUGAGAACCUGCUCCGUUCUGCUACCUUGUCUAACCCACCUACACCCCUGGCAGGGCAGAUCCAGGGGCAGUUUUCUGCCCCUGCCAGUGUUGGCCUUACUUCUGCCACUCUGAUCAGCCAGAGUGCACUUGGGGAGAGAGCCUUCCCAGGACAGUUUCAUGGACUUCAUGACGGCAGCCAUGCCUCACAGAGGCCACAUCCUGCCCAGCUGCUGAGCAAGGCAGAUGACCUAAUCACCUCACGACAGCAAUACAGCAGUGAUCAUUCACACUCCUCGCCCCAUGGAAGCCAUUAUGACAGCGAGCACGUGCCGUCUCCCUACAGUGACCAUAUCACCUCUCCCCAUACAACAUCGUACUCUGCUGAUACUAUGGCAGCUACCUUUUCAGCAGAGAUGCCCAUCAUGGCACAGCACUUGCUCCCAACCCAACUCGAGGUGCCACUUGGAGGAGUGGUAAACCCCAGAACUCACUGGGGUAAUCUCCCUGUCAACCUUGGAGAUCCCUCUCCCUUUAGCAACCUUCUCGGCGCAGAUGGACAUCUUCUUUCCACUUCCCUCUCCACACCACCCACCACGUCGAACUCAGAGACCACACAGCCUGCCUUCGCCACCGUGACCCCCAGCAGCUCCAGUGUGCUUCCGGGGUUACCGCAGACCAGCUUCAGUGGCAUGGAGCCUUCCGCUGAACUCAUGGCCUCCACCUCUCCGAAACAGCAACUCCCUCAGUUCAGCGCAGCCUUCGGCCACCAGCUGAGUUCUCACAGUGGCAUUCCUAAGGACCUGCAGCCCAGCCACAGCUCCAUAGCCCCUCCUACAGGCUUCACAGUAACAGGUGCCACGGCGACAAGUACCAAUAAUGCAUCUCCUCCCUUUCCUUCUCCCAACUGAGUGCAUCUGUGCAGGCAGGAAGGUGGGGAGCCUGUUUUCUAUCUUCGUUUCCUCCUUUGCCCCUCCCCCCUUUUCCUAAAGAAGAUUUAAAAGAGACGGAUGGGGAUUAGAGGGGCUCCCCGUUCCAGCUCAACACGUGGCCGUGCAGUGGACCUCACUUCAGUGUUCACAUGUGCUCCUUAGCACUGGUGCUCAUUCCCUCCUGGCAGGUCCUCUCGGCCGGUGGUUUCCGUGGUGGUUCAGCACAGUGACUGGAUAGGAUGGAUUUUUUUUGCAGCAAGUCCUAGAAGUGGAAGAUACCUCAGAUUACCAGUGCCCUUUACUAUUUCCUAGUGUGCAGAUCAGUGCUUUCCAUUCUGUAGCCAGGUUUUUACAUAGGUGGCUCUCCAGAGAAUGAUCCUGUUAACUGAGUUCCUGUGUAGGAGGUAGCGGGUGGUGGAGGCAGCUCAAGGCCUGACCUAGCAGCAACUGCCAAACACCACAGUGAGGCCAGGAUGCCAUUCCUAAUUUGUGAAAUGGUUAAGAAGAAAAAGAGACGUCAUUGACCGCCUGUGAGUGUGUGUGCACCCAUGUGUGUGUUUUGUGCAGUGCAGGAAGUAACUGUCCCCUUGCUUUGUUGUUUGUUUACCCCUGAAAUGAGCUCUUUUCUUCCCUACAUCUCACACCACCUUCAUAAGGUUGGUCAUGCUUUCCCACUGAGUUCAUUCAAGUUUCCUAAUAGGGAGGGUCUGGUCAUGUGAAUAAAUAGCACAACCCUUUUCUGCUCAAAGGUAGUUGUGAAGAAAUGAGACAGGAGAAGCUGCAGUCAUGUCCCUGUCUGGGAAUGCCUGGAAAGCUCACCUGCAGUGACUUCAGGGCUCUCGAGGUUUGGGGGGGUCUAGGGGUCAUUUUGCCUUUUCAGAUGUGCAUUCGUUUCUAUGUCCCUUGCUCAUGGAACACAUUUGCAAGGUGUAAUUGAAGAAACUAUUUUGAUGUGAAAAAGCAGGAUAGGUCAGAUAGGUUUGAAAGAUGAUAUCUGUGAACUCCUUGGUCCAUCUUUUGCGUUCGAAAUUCAUGUUUACAGUAGUGAUUCUUUGGUAAGAUUGUAAAAUGUUGAAGACCCUUGUAGAUUCAGUGUGCCAGUUGUGGAGUGAUGUAUAAUAUCUGAAGGAUACACAUUUUAAAGUUUCUCUCAAAGCAGAAUGUGGAAAUUGACGUAAAUUUUACCUACCUUUGGUAUUUUUUUAAAGAAUCUAAGUUAGGCUUAAGUCAAUCUGGAAACGAUUUUGAAAAAAAUUAUUUUAAAGUAUCAAGAUUUUAAGGUUAAAAAUCCUAUUGGGAGUUUAGUAAGCCGAUGGCUAUGAGAUAAUAUAUGUGAGGUUUCUUUCUGUCUGCCUUGCCCUCACAAGAAGGAUUGCGCUAGAUUUAAAAAGCAUCUCUGCUCUGCUUUUCCUGAGAAGUUCACUGUCGUGUAAGAUACCAUUUGCUGGCUAUUCAUACCUGAGUCUGUUCUAAUUUAAAUACAUGUUUUAAAAGAUGAGUAAAUGAUGUGGUAUAGUAACUCAUUUAUCAGGGAUGAUUUGCUCUCAAUUCCUUUCUAAUAGGUAAAGGUUUGAAUGCUUUCCCAUUUUCCUGUGUGUAUUCUUUAUGCUCAUGCUAGUUUUAACCAGUUUCUUCUUUUCAAAGGUUUUCUCCUCUGCUUUUUUAAGGAAUGAUGGUAAUCAGCAGGCACUAUGCAGAUACCUCGUGCCUAAGAUAUUGGAGGGAAUGUCACAUGACUGUAUGAAAUCAUAAUACUCCCUAUUUUGUAUUUAUUGAAGUUUUUUUGGGGGGAGGGCCAAAAAUACGUUUGUAAUAUAUUUACUUUUUUUUAAAUCAUGAUAAUUAAUUGGAAGAUUUAUUUUUAAUAGCUUUGCCUUUUGCAGAUUGAUAAAUUUCUAAAUUAUGUCACAAAGCAAAAUUAUAUUUGGUAUCACCAUAAAUUUCUAUUCUGAAUAGUAAAAACAGCUCAUUUGAAUAUUUCUCGCCUGUGAACCUUUGUCAGUAAAAUGAUGAUGAAUAGUUGCCUCUGCUCUAGUGUCCUUUCCUCUGCUGAGCUGCAUUCCCAGUGAUUUUGUUUUGUUUCCACUGUGUACUAAUUAAAGGUUGUAGCAGAGCAGCACAUGCACUUCCUAAUCAGCUCUUCUUUGACAGCGAAGGGAAGGUCAUGGGUAGUUUAUUUGAAUUUUUUCUGGGUAUUUGUCUCUCAUGUUAGCUGUUUAAAAUUCCUUAGGUGUCAAAACUGAGUUUGCAGUAAGUUGCACAUUUUAUUGUUUGCAAUUUUCUGUUUGAUGUGCAUUUAAAAGCCCUUCUCUGCUUUCUAGUAAGGAGGCACGAAGUGAUCAGGAAUGUUGCCAGUUACAGCUUCACACCAAAAAUGUUGAUUAAAUCCCUUUUGUUUAGAUGCCCAUGAUGACAGUUGAGCAAGGGGCCAUCUUAGGAAGUACCAGCCAGCCUAGGGUUGAGAAAUUCGCAGAAACACACUUUCCUCUUUUCAACUGCUUCAAGACAAGUAUCCAAACUUGCAGUGUGCUCUGCCCUUGCUGUGAGUCCUUGUUGGAAGAGAGAAGAAACAUUUUAUAAACCCAGAGAUAUCAUUAUGUUUUUCUUCCAGUUAUUGGGGGCAGUUCUGAUCUGUUAGCAUUGGGUGGGCUAUUAUCUGCAAAGAAAGGAACAAAGUGUAUUUUACUCCAAAAAUACGAAAAUUAGUGUCCUUUAAAAUAGCACUUAUGUUAUUGUAAGGCAAUACUGGAAUCAAAAACAAAUCCUGUAUGAGGUCCUAAAACUAGUAAAAACUAGUUUUUAUUCUAGUGUUCAGUGCAUGAGAAACAGUUGCAGAGAAGGCUCAUUCUGUUUCUGCAGUUCUUUGGGACCAUACAUAAAGGCCAGUUAGAUCGUGUUACUGUGAUUUAUUUUUCAAAGUUGCUGCAGUUAACGGAUGUUUUCUGUGCUCUUAGGAUCUGAUAUUUGUGGACUGUGAUCGAUAGCAUCCGAAGAAAAGAUGGGCUUUCUCUCCCUUAACUGUUAAUGCUACUUUAAUAAAAGUACUUAAGACAUUGUUUUGCCCUCUGUACAAAUGGUUUAGCAAUUUUCACUUCUGAGUAGGUUUAUCUAGCUAGUAAACAAUUCAGGACAGUAAAUAGCAAUUACACUUAACCCACCAAGUGACAGGCUAUGCAAUGGAAAUAUUCCUAAUUGUCAUUACAAAGCUUAUACAGCAAAAGAUGAUUUUCUAUAAUAAGACUAGAGAACACACCUGCUUUAUAAAUGACUUCCUGAGCAGUUCCGUGUUGGCAGACAUUGUAGUAUAUCUGGUGUUCCUCUUUUGAGAUUAUUAUUUUAUGAAAAGCAAAUAGCAAGUUGGAAAGUGAUUUAUUUUCUUUAAAAGUGAUGUUACCAAUUUUAUGAUAAGACUUGAGAAUGCUAAUCCUUUAGUUUUGCCAAAUAACUGUAAGAUUUUCUUUUCUGUUUUGGCGGUACUGGGGUUUGAACUCAGGGCCUUGGCUUGCCAUCAGGUGCUCUACCACUUGAGCCAUGCCUCCAGCCCAAGAUUUAUAUAAGUCAGCCCAAUCUUUUACCUAGAAGUUAGGGAAAUCAUCAUUUUCUGUAACUUAUACAAAGGCUUUAACAGAGUUUUGUCUUCAAUUCAUGAUUACAAUUUAUAGCGAAAAGAUAGUUCUUUAGGAAGGACACCAGUCUGUGCUGCUCACAACUUUUAUUUUUUUUUAACACUUCUGUUGACCUGUAGCAGCAUGUACUUCCAUAAAUUUGGCACUAGAAUUCGAGCACAUGGAGGUGAAUCGCUGACUGUCAGUUCAUUGGUCCUGUCUGCCCUCUCCUGUGUUCUAGCAUCUAGGGAAUGGUUGAUAGGCUUCGUUAGAAUGUCUGAAGGAGAGUGAUGCCUUUUCUCUAACUUCAAAAGGUUCAAAAAGUGGUUGUGGGGUGAUACUGCAAAACCAGAAGGAUAUUAAUGCUAUUGAAUAGAUUUGAGAUUCAUUAAAACAUUGUAGAUGUCAAGUUUCCAACUGCAUCCUUUUUUUUUUAGCCUAACUUUCUUUAAAUUAAGUUCUAUUCUUAAUUUGGUCUAUGUAGAAUAAUAGAAUCUUUUGCUGAAUGGCCAACAGAACCUUCCAGUUUAAUGAGACAGUUUAGACAAUGCCUUGAAAGAAAAUAGUUAUUCUGAAUAGUCUUAAUUUGAAUCUCUUUCAUCACAAAUACAUUGUUCUAAGGAUUUUUUCCAAAUAUAUUUAAUAGAUUAUAUAUGUGUAUGCACAUAUUUUUAUUAAUUCACAAAUGACUAUAGGUGUUUUUCCCCCUCAAUAAAUUAAAAGUAAUGGGAUCUUCAUUGGCGUUCUGUAGAAAAGUAAAAUAAUUUGAUAAUAUCUUGAUCUUUUAAACUUUGCUCUAUCUUAAUUGGAGAGAACUAAAAUCAUGUUGAAUAGAUUAAAUAAACAUUUUAAAUUCUGUCUUCAAAAGCUUUGUAAUAGACUACCUGUGAUGAACACAUACAUAUUUAAACUUUUUUUUCCCAGUACAGGAGAGAAAACACAACACAUAUGAACAAUUAAAUCUCUAAUAACCAGUGUCAUUACUGCUAUAAUUGUGGGUCAUAGGGAUCCUUUCAUGUUUAUUUAGUUAGCUUUCCCCUCAGCUGUGAUAUAGAGCUAAUAAAAGGAGCUGUGGCAUUUCAGGGAGGGAGCAAAUUUGAUAUAACUUUAUCUUCUGUUCUUGAAUAUCAGAAAUGUUUGGGUAAUUUGAGCAUAUAUCUAAGAAUUUUUGAGCAAUCUCAAGCUUAGGUAUUCUAAGAGAAAAACUCUAUCUGACUUGUAGUGAGCUCCUUCUGGCAGCACAGCUCUCCUUCCUCCCCCCUACCUGC